AUGCCGGACGCGAGCAGCAGAUCAGAAGGUUGUGUGCCAGGAGUUAAGGGCUGGGACAAUGAUAGUAAGCUCGGACAGUACGACUCGACGACUUUGAUACCAAGUCACACUUAUGGGGCGGCUGCUGUCGCUGGGGUGCGAGGAAGGGACUUUUUUUUUUUUUCAAAGAGCUAUAGCAGCGCCACCGCUUGUGGACCAGUCACAGAGAGACCGACAGCAGCAGUUCGACCAGCAUUAAUGGAUGACAGGGCAUACGUCCUGGGCAGCGCAUGGCAUCGCAUAUGGCAUGCCCGGGCCCUUCUGGUGGCGGUCUGGGUUCGACAGACAGUGAAGGACCGUUCGUUGUCGAGUCCAAGGGCGAUGGAAGAUAGAUGGGACGGAAAGAGAGCAGCGUUGGAAUGGGAUUGGAAUCAGAGGGGAACCACUGCAGGUUCUCGAGACGCAAAUGCAGACCAGGUUUCGUCGUCCCCUCGAUCUCCGAACGUCGUGGUUGCUUGGACUGGAUCGUCUGAGCGUGCACAGGUACAGGAGGAGGAGGAGGGAUACUCGGAUGCUCGAGAGUUCGUCGGAAGGGGAAAGGAAAUCGAAGGGAAGCUUUUCAAUUACUUACUCAGAGACUCGUUCUGGCUUGGUCUGGUCUGGGCUGCUGGUGGUUUGCUCGAAAAUCCCCCCCUGCUUGGCUGGCCUCGGGUAGACGUCGUUACGAUUAAGAUGUGGUUGUGGUGGUGGUGGUGGUGGGGACGUGUUGGAAGUGUGGAUAUGCGUCAGUGCAACAACCAUCUGGUGUGCCUGGCCUGGUCUGGUCUGGUCUCGUCUGGCUGCGUUGCGCAUGUACAAGCUUUUGUACGUACAUCCACCCGCCAGAUGUACCUGUGUACUUACGGUGCAGAAGAUGGGCCAAUCACCGCUCCACCGAAGUUUGGGCUGCGUUCCCACGUCGUACUUGUUGAGCAUUCUCGACAACCGAAGCAGGCUGGGCUCGAUGUGUACACCGUGACCUCGUGUGGGUGGAGGUAUACAAUCACAGGACUGUGGGGUCCGCAGCCAGGGAGCGUUAGGGAGGUUGAUUGA